UCAUGCCAUUGUUAGAAUGUUAGAGAUGCCCCCUAUCAAGUUAUCCAUGUUCAUACUGUCAGAUAGGAAAAUUUAUCUUGACUGAUUAAGUAGAUUAUGACAUAAAUGUUAAUUUGACAUGGAAGAAAUAGUAUGUCUUCUGGCAGAAAUUUGGAGAUCUAUUUGCCAGUAUUAGCUGCAAGGAACUCCAACCUUGAAUGGCUGCAAGAUUGAUGAAGGAUGAAUACAUAUUUUGUUGGGAGGACUGAGGAAAAUGAAGUCUUUUCCAAAAGACGAUCCUACUAAACCAUUCAGACUGACUGCUUUUGUGGGCUACAAGGCUGGGAUGAUCCACAUAGUGAGAGAGGUUGAGAAUCAAAGAAGAAGGCUUUCACUAAGUAUUCAAAAAAAAUAUGAAACUGAGGGAGGAAAGAAAGAUAUCGGAUCCCAGCUCGAGAAAUUGAAAAAGUAUGCCACUGUCAUUCGUGUUCUUGCUCAUACUCCGAUAAGGAAGUUGAACGGGCUAAAACAAAAGGAAGCUCGUUUGAUGGAGAUCCAAGGUAAUGGUGGAACUAUAAGCCAAAACGUGGACUAUGCAUACAGUUUCUUUGAGAAGCAAAUCUCAGUGGAUGCUAUUUUCCAGAAAGAUGUGAUGAUAGAUAUAAUUGGAGUGACUAAAGGUAAAGGUUAUGAAGGUGUUUUCACUCGUUGGGGUGUCAUUUGCCUUCCAAGAAAGACACACAAAGGUCUCAGGAAGGUUGCUUGUAUUGGUGCGUGGCACCUUGCUCGUGUUUCUUUCACAGUUGCUAGGGCUGGUCAGAAUGGAUACCAUCAUCGCACUGAGUUGAAUAAAAAGAUCUACAAGGUUUGCAAGUCGGACCAAGAGUUGCAUACAGCCAUCAUUGAAUAUGACAGUACGGAGAAAGAUAUUACUCCUAUGGGUGGUUUCCCUCAUUGUGGUGUGGUGAAGCGUGAUUAUCUUAUGAUUAAGGGAGGCUGUGUUGGACCAAAGAAACGGGCUGUUACUCUUCGUCAGUCACUACUCAAGCAGACAUCUUGAUCGACUCUUGAAGAUAUCAAGCUGAAGUUCAUUGACACCUCUUCCAAGUUCGGACAUGGCCGCAUCCAGACUACUCAGGAGAAACAGAAGUUUUAUGAUCGGUUGAAGGCGUAAGUUAUUUUACUAUGGCGACAGUUACCAUUUCUAUUGAGAAAACUCACAUUGCCAUCCGUUUUUGCACCAAAAUAAGAUAUGUAGUGGUUUUUUUAUUUGUUAGAUUCAGUCGCUCUUUACAUUUCUUCCUAUUUGCUUUGGAACACUUGUAUUUUUGCAGUUUGAUUUUUAUGAUCUACAUUUUGAUGGUUUUGGAUUAUUC